GUGCGGCCGGAAGUGGAGUCCGGAACGCUUUAGGGAAGGGACCGCGGAGUAAACAGAUACUCGGCCAACGCCUGUAGACGGUUGCGGAGGGUGCAGGCCACCAUGAACCGUCUCGGAGAUGACUAUGACCCCUACGCUGUUGAAGAGCCUAGCGACGAGGAGCCGGCUUUAAGCAGUUCUGAAGAUGAAGUGGAUGUGCUUUUACAUGGAACUCCCGACCAGAAGCGAAAACUCAUCAGAGAAUGUCUUACUGGAGAAAGUGAAUCAUCUAGUGAAGAUGAAUUUGAAAAAGAAAUGGACGCUGAAUUAAAUUCCACCAUAAAAACGAUGCAGGACAAGUUAUCCUCUCUGGAAACAGGGUCUUCCUCAGGAAAUGGGAAUGUUGGGACAGCUCUGACAAAAUACUAUGAUGAUAUAUAUUUUGAUUCUGAUUCUGAGGACGAAGACAAAGCAGCACAGGUGACCAAGAAAAAAAAGAAGAAACGACACAGGAUUCUAACAAAUGAUGAAUUACUGUAUGAUCCUGAAAAAGAUAACAGAGAUCAGGCCUGGGUCGAUGCACAGAGAAGAGGCUACCAUGGUUUUGGAAGACAGAGGCCACAUCAACAACAGCCUGUUCCAAACAGUGAUGCUGUCUUGAAUUGCCCUGCUUGCAUGACCACGCUGUGUCUUGAUUGCCAAAGGCAUGAAUCAUACAAAACUCAAUAUAGAGCAAUGUUUGUAAUGAAUUGUUCUGUCAACAAAGAGGAGGUUCUAAGAUACAAAACCCCAGAGAACAGGAAGAAAAGGCGAGGCCGUAAGAAGAUGAGGCCUGACCAUGAAGAUGUUGCAGAGCAGGCGGAGACACAAGUGGAAGAGAUCUAUCACCCAGUUAUGUGCACUGAAUGUUCCACUGAGGUGGCAGUCUACGACAAGGACGAAGUCUUUCAUUUUUUCAAUGUUUUAGCGAGCCAUUCCUAAAUAGCCAUGUUGGCAUUAAUUGCCCAAUGCUGUAUAUAGGCAAAUAUGGACAGUUCUUUUCCUCCUGCCUCUUCACAUCAAGUGACAUUCUGAAUGGUUAUUUGAGGAAGCAGUGUUUUAUCUUUUGGAAAGAGAAUGGUUAUCAACCUUCAUCCCUCCCCCUUCUCUUGAAAGAAUUUUUCCUCCACUCUCAUGGGACUGAUUAUUCAUUCAUUCCCUUUUUGUUAGACUUUGGAGACUUGGGGCUUUUUAUUUAUUAAAACUCUUUAGAAUUAAAA